AUGCAUUCAAAAAUUCAUUUAACUGAGAAACCGUACGUCUGCGAGACAUGUGGAAAAGGUUUUAUAAGCAACUACCAUCUGCAAGAGCAUUUGGUAAGUCAUUCAACAGCUAGACCGUUUAAAUGCGAUUCAUGCGGAAAGAAUUUCAAAUCCAAGCAUGUCCUGCAAGUGCACGAGAAAAGUCAUUUGAGUAAAAAACCGUUCACCUGUGACAAAUGCGGCAAAGGUUUUGUGACCAGGCACAAUCUGUACGUGCAUCAAAAAAUUCAUUUGAACUUGAAGCCGUUUGCCUGUGACAAGUGCGGACGAUGUUUCAAGGACAAGCACAAACUGAGACGGCAUUCUGUAUUUCAUUCGUCUUUGAGACCGCACACAUGUAAGGAUUGCGGAAAAAGUUUCAAGACCAAGGACAAUCUGGCCCAGCACAAUGAACUUCAUGUGUCUUCAAAAACGUUCAUCUGCGACAAGUGCGGAAAAGGCUUCAUGGCCAAGUACAAACUGCAAUAUCAUUUGGCGAGACACACAUCUUUGAGGAAGUACAAAUGUAGGGAGUGCGAAAAGAGUUACAAGACCAAAGACUGCUUGGUGAAGCAUGAAAGAACUCAUCCGUCCGCGUAUCCGUUCAAAUGCAAAUGUGGAAAAAGUUUCGAGACCGAAGCCAAGCUUAAGCCGCACGUGUCUUGUUGUCCAAAUUUGAGACCGCAUAAAUGUAUAGAAUGUAAAAAAGUGUUCAAGGAGAAGAGAGCCUUACGAACGCAUCAGAUAACUCACUUCUAUUCGAGACCGUUUUACUGUGACUUAUGCGGAAAGGGUUUUACACUCAAGCACAACCUGAAGAUGCACUUGAUACGUCAUUCACCUUUGAGACCGUAUAAAUGUAAUAUAUGCGGAAAAGCAUUCAAAACCAAAAUGGUUCAGCAAGUGCAUGAAAAAAAUCAUUCGAGCACGAAACCGUAUAACUGCGACAAAUGCGGGAAAGGCUACGUGACGAAACACUGCCUGCAAAUGCAUUUCCUGAGACAUGCAGCUCCAAAGCCGCACAGAUGUAAGAAAUGUGGAAUGGGUUUCAGAUUCAAAUACGACCUAAAGCAGCAUAAUAAAAAUCAUCUAAUUUAUUAUUGCAGAAGAAGCAAACCGUUUAUAACUCCCAAACCGACGAGAACUGCUCAGUCGAUCGAGAAAAAUAAACCAGAUGUAUAA